ACGGUGGAAAAGUUUAGCAUAUUAUAUUCUAGAUUUAAAUGUCUAGAUGCUAGCUUUUUCAAAUUUCUGUUACUUGUUGACAAGACACCAAAUCAGUUUUAAUGUGUCAUGUCACUUACAGCAAUUGAAAAGAGUGAAGUUGACCUAACAAAAACCGUAACAUUGGAAUCCAAAGAUGAAACGUUUCCAUGCGGACAAACAACAUCAUCCACAGCCAGACAUUUAACCCAGGAGGAGCUGGACAGAGUGAGCAGCGAGCGGACUCUGGUGUCCGACUUCAAACAGAUGAAACUCGAAAAAGAAGCUCAAAAAAACUGGGACUUGUUUUACAAAAGAAAUACGACGAAUUUCUUCAAAGACAGACACUGGACCACCAGAGAGUUUGAAGAGCUUCAAGCAUGUAGAGAGUUUGAGUCCCAGAAGCUGGUUUUGCUGGAGGCUGGAUGUGGAGUAGGAAACUGCCUCUUUCCUCUGCUGGAGGAAGACCUCAACAUCUUUGUUUAUGCAUGUGAUUUCUCACCCCGGGCUGUUGAAUUUGUCAAAAAAAAUCCUCUGUACCGCCCCGAACGCUGCUGUGUGUUCCAGUGUGAUUUAACAAAAGACCAUCUGACGGAAAAUGUUCCAGAGGCCAGCGUCGAUGUCGUUACUCUCAUCUUUGUCCUGUCAGCCAUUCAUCCUGAUAAGAUGAAGGUGGCUUUAGAGAACAUUGGCAAGGUCCUGAAGCCUGGCGGUGUCGUCCUGUUCAGGGAUUACGGCCUCUAUGAUCAUGCUAUGCUCCGGUUUAAAUCUGGCAGCAAGCUGGGGGACAACUUCUAUGUCCGCCAAGAUGGAACAAGGUCCUACUUCUUCUCUAAAGAGUUCCUGGCUAAGCUGUUUGAGGAGACGGGCUUCCAGUCUGUGGUUAAUGAAUAUGUCCUGAGAGAGACAGUUAAUAAGAAGGAGGGGCUUUGUGUUCCCAGAGUUUUCCUUCAGAGCAAGUUUAUCAAACCAGCACAUUCCCAACAAGGUUCUGGACUGUUAUCUCGUAAUUCUUUCAAGGAGAGCAAACAAGAAGAUUGAAAUGUGGACAGUAAAACAAUUUAUGUCUGCUGAAUGAAAUUGGAAACUGCAAUAAGGGACUUGGGUUUCCUACCAUGUUUUCUCUGAACGAGGAGGUAUUUCAAUUUUUUGUACAACAAAAAUUCUCAG